UGUAGUCUCUUCAAUGAAAAUAGUAAACGAACUAUUUAUUUAUUGUUGUUGAUAUCUAUUACGUACUCAAAUUACAAUAAUUACGCAAAAAAUGAUCAGAAGAAAAGUGCUCGCAGUUAAAUCGAAGUUCCACAUAUCGAAUAAACUGGUUUAAUUCAACUUUUGUUCCGCGUAAUCUGUGAUGCAUUUAGAUUGAAGUGUCCCUAUCCGCAAUAACAAAACUGUUAACUGAAAUGUUACCCGUUUUACUUUUUAAUAACAUGGAAGGGAGUUCUAAUUCGCUUAAUAACAAUGGUAAUAACGCAUUCGGACAAUUAUACGACGAUAAUGUGAUUUUAAAUUCGGUUAGGAGCCGUAAAAAGGUGUCUGAGACAGCGAGCUGUCCGGUUUGUAGUUGUACGAUUAGGCAAGGUGAACUGGAGUCGCAUUUGAAUUUGGAAUUGGAUCGGUUGUAUAAGCUUUCCAACGGUGGUAACAAGAGGAAACUGAGUGUGACCAGUUCAAGUAAUAGUAGUUUCAACCCUUUGCCUGGAUCGAGUACGGAAGAAGUGCCUGACGAUCAGGAAGUUGACGUGACAGGAUGCCCGGGAAGCGAUGUUUAUCAGCGAGUGCACUCAAACCGUCUCCGGCGCCUCCGCGCCAGGCGGCGAGGCUCCCCGCCCCCGGCCACUGGCGAGUGCCCGGUCUGCAACGUUAACAUGCCAACCUCAAAGCUGCAGAGGCAUGCACUCCGCUGCCUGAAGCGGACCGGGGCGGCCAUAGAUGAGGAUGUGCCGGAUUCCAGCUCCGAUGAAAGCAUUGAUGUUGAGAAUGACUCGCCAGGCGGGUUCGGCGCGGAGUACCAGUGGUGCGGGGAGUGGCGCGUGCGCGCCGCCGCGCUGCAGGCCGCCGACGCGCGCCCCGCCACCACCGUGCGCCGCGUCUCGCACGACCAGGCCUUGGUGGUAGACGGUGAUGAGGAUACGGAGCUGUACGGACCACCUCAAUAUUCGCCUUCGAGGAUCGCGCCCGAUGCCGAAAUCCCACCACGAGAACAACCGUCCGAGGAUCAACCAAGCUCAGAGAAUGGUGUCACCGAGAGAGUAGUCUCCGAUGUGCACAUUAGUUUCACCGACACAGAGCCUGUGCCAAAACCAAAUGGACUAGUUGAAGCCAGUGCGGAGACUAGAAUACAAGCACUGAAAGCCAGAAUAAGAGACUUGGAAAGAAAGCAGAACAGCGCUUCAGAAGCUAAAUGUUUAAUCUGCCUGGCAGCCUACACGUCGCCCGCCGUCUCCAUACAAUGCUGGCACGUGUACUGUGAGGUAUGCUGGCUAGAAUCACUAAAAGCUAAGAAGAUAUGCCCUCAAUGCAACGCCAUCACAACCGCUCAACACUUGAGAAGAAUAUACAUGUGAACAUUUCAUACUUGAUCAUUUGUAUUUUUUCUGUGCACCAUUGUGAUUAUCAUUUUUUUUUAGGGUCGCCAUAAGCCUUCGGUAAUUGUGUCAUAUACUUGGAAAUUUCGACCCUUGCUUUCGUGAUCCGAUGGCCGAGUGG